CGGGCGGAGGAAGCCAAGAGGCUCGAGACCGAGGCUCGCCCACCCCUCGGCGCCGCCGGACCCUGCGCCACUGGGGAAAUUUCCUUCCCGACUUCCCGCGCGGCCAGCCCCAGCUCCGUCCAGCCCCGGCUCCCGGAGCCCUGGGCUGGAGAGUGAGCCCCGAGACUCCGCCCAGCCCCGGGGGUCCCGGUCCCCGUUCGCCGCCAGCGGCCCCUCCCGGAGCGCUGCUCGGCCCUGACUGCAUUGGGGGGCGCGGGAUCACCCGGCCCUGGCCCCAGAGGUGUCGGAGGGGGGCGCCGGGCGGGGGGCCCCGCAUGCCUUUGUCGCCCGCGGAGGCCGAGCCCGGAGCCGAGGCGUGACUGACAGCGGAGGGAGGAGCGCGGCCGCCGAUUGGCUGGAGCGAGUGUGGGAAAGAAUGCGGAGCAGGGUUCACACACCCCGCGGCGGCGAGGCCUUAAAUAGGGGAACGGCCUGAGGCGUGCGCGGGCCUGGAGCCGGGACCCGCCGGAGGGGCUCGGAUAGCCGCGCGCUCGCCGCUCGCCCGCCAGCCCGCCCGUGGUCCCCGGCCGCGUGCUCCACCCGGCACGGGGAGGCGCGGGGCGCACCAUGGCCGCAGACACGCCGGGGAAACCGAGCGCCUCGCCGAUGGCAGGAGCGCCAGCCAGCGCCAGCCGGACCCCAGACAAGCCCAGGAGCGCUGCUGAGCACCGCAAGAGCUCCCGCCACUCGAAGCUGGAGAAGGCGGACAUCCUGGAGAUGACCGUGAGACACCUGCGGAGCCUGCGUCGCGUGCAGGUGACGGCCGCGCUCAGCGCCGACCCCGCCGUCCUGGGCAAGUACCGCGCCGGCUUCCACGAGUGUCUGGCGGAGGUGAACCGCUUUCUGGCCGGCUGCGAGGGCGUCCCGGCAGACGUGCGCUCCCGCCUGCUGGGCCACCUGGCAGCCUGCCUGCGCCAGCUGGAACCCUCCCGCCGCCCGGCCUCGCUGUCCCCGGCUGCCCUCGCAGAGGCCCCAGCGCCCGAGGUUUACGCGGGCCGCCCGCUGCUGCCAUCGCUUGGUGGCCCCUUGCCUCUGCUCGCGCCGCCGCUGCUGCCGGGUCUGACCAGGGGGCUGCCCGCCGCCCCCAGGGCGGGGCCGCAGGGCCCGGGGGGCCCCUGGAGGCCAUGGCUGCGCUGAGGCUGUGGCCCUGGGACUGCAUCGGAGGCGGCGCCCCGUUCUAGGGCCGCGGCCUUUGCCAAGACUGCAGCAGAGAAUACGUAUUUAUUAUUCCAGAGUCCGCGUCACGAGUUUUCCUUUUUUGUCUUGGUGAAGAGUUGACUUUGGGAGCGCCCCGCAGCCACGCCGCGCCUGGGUCCCGCCCUACUCCCAAGGCCGCGGUCCGCAGGUGGCUGGGGGCGUCGGGCGGGCCCGGGGGGCGGGCUGAGGGCAACCCCCUCCGCUCCGCGCCCUCCCAUCCCCUCCGCGGCUCUCCCUUUCGCAUCCCUGCAGCCCCGCACGCGCACGCGCUCUCUGCCCUUGCGUUGGGUUUGCCUCGCUCUGCGGUGGCGGUUGUGAGGGGACCCCCGGAGGCCCAGGUGGGAAGCUGAACGUCCCUGAGUGCCCAGAAUCUUCCCGGUGCUGGAAGGCGGUCGCGCAGCAUCGCCGGGCAAGUUGCUUUUCAGAGGCCCCCUUCCCGACUCCCAGUCCCUGGACCGCGGAAGGCGGAGGCUGCGGUCCUGAGCCGCGCUGGGAUCAGGGCGGCCGCCCUUGGCCCUGAAGUCCCCCGCUGGGUUCUCCUGGGAAGUGCAGAGCUGCCGGUGCCCACCGCAGACCCCUCCCCCAGGCGUCUGUGCGGGGAGGGCCCGGCGGGAGCGCGCGCGCGUCCGAGCUGGGCUGCGGCCACCGAGUGCCGGGGCCGAGGGCGUCGGCCCUGCCCGCAGCCUCCCCUGCCCCGGUAGGGAGGUUCCGCCUCCCCAGUGGGUGAGGACUGGGGGCUCCUCCCUCAUAGCCCUGAGCACGUGCAGUUGUCGACCACCGAGUUGCCAGGCAGCGCCGGAGGUUCCCCCGAACCACCGCCGCGGUCGCCAUCCCGGUCCCCUGAACCACCGCCGCGGUCGCCAUCCCGCUCCCCUGAACCACCGCCGCGGUCGCUAUCCCGGUCCUGUGUUCGGGGGGGUCCGGCGCAGUUCGAGUCUCCCUCUGAGCCGCACCGAGGGCCAUUUCCCAACUGGGGCCGAGUUCACCGGGGCCCACGGGAGGCGAGUGAGCCGUCCCACCAGCGCUGGCCCUCCAAGGCUCCAGUCUGUGCCUCCAUCAGGAGCCCCCGGGCCCUCCAGGACGCAGCCGUGCACAGCUCGUAGGAGCCUCCCAGGCCUGGCAAGUCAGGCCACCCCUGGCCCCUGGCUGCCCUGCCCCCUCCCAGAAUUGCGAGGGCCAGGCCAGUGACCCUGGGCGGGGUAGCAUCGGGCUGGGGGCCCCACGCUUGGUCCCACCAUCAGUCCUACCCCGGGGGUCCUGGUCCCAGGGAAGCCUCAAAGUAGCCCUUUUCCCUGGGAGCUUGAGACCCUGUGAGGGAGGCCGCCUCAGCACGGGAAGGGACGGUCUUCUUGGGGGCAGCUGGAAGCUCAGCGUGGCCGGGGGAGGGGAGCCGCGCAGAGAAGGCAUCAGUGCAGAAGGGGAAGGAGGGCCUGGGGCAGCGAAGCUGGGAGUGUGGGGAGGAGCUCGGGGCAGGAGGGGCACCCCACAAAGUCACCUGGGCUGUGGGUCCUAAGAGGGCAGGGCAUCUCUCCACCAGGCUCUGGCCUUGAAUGCCCCCUCCACUGUGGCUAAAGGGCCCUGCAUAGCUGUCCAGGGACCACUCAGGUUAGGGGGAAUCACAGUCCUCGGGCAGUCCCUUCGCAGUCUGGGUUCCUCUGUGCUCCACACCACCUGCCCCCGGCUUCUCCCCUGACUUUCCUCCUAACUUGUGGUCCAUCCCAUCGGCCGCAGGCUCGGUGUAUCAUCUGGGCCCAGCUGGACGGGGCUCCAGAGGGCAAAGGCCGAGUCUGUCCGGAAGCUCGAAGCUCUGUCCUCAGCACCGAAAACAGGGAAAUGGACCUGCAGGGACCUAGUCCAUCCAUUUGAAUGACAGAGCUGGGAGGUUUGGGUUAGACUAGGGAGGUCUCAGGAAACACAGCCUGAGGGGCCAGGCUGGACCGGCAGCACAGGGGCUGUCCUGGGCUCCCCCUCAGGCUACCCCCUUCUCAGAUCCCCCCCCGGGCCUCGGGGAGCCAGCCUCUGCCUACACCCAGCCAGGACGCCCGCCAGAACCUGCUUCCUGUGGCCCCAGACGUGGGGUGCCCCCUCACAUGGGGGGUCCUUUCUCCCUCCCCACCCUGCGUCCUGUGGCCCCAGACGUGGGGUUCCUCCUCCUGCAGGGGUCCUUUCUGCCCUCUCUACCUUCCAGACAUUUCCUGCCCCUCCCCACCUCAGGUGGCGGCCACUCAGCAGCUGGGGUCUGGCCCAGUCCCCCGUCCCUGCCCCUCCCCAGUGAUUUUUAUCUUGGCUUUUGGUUUUCUGCUGAAUAAUAGAUGAAAGUCGUCUUCUCGGUGGAGGAGGUGUGGCUGGCGGCCCCUAGUCACUUCCAGUUCAUCUCCCACUGCCUCCUUGAUGAGGACCAAGGGUCAAUAAAUGUUUGCUGAAUUCCUUUGCC